GGCGUGUUUAAGUAACUUUAUCGUAGCGGUUCUCCUACUGGGUCUUCACUGCGCCCUUGGGCGUACGGCAGCCGUGGACCUGGACCUUGAGCGGGCCACCACCUCCACGGACACCACUCGAGACUGGUGGCAGGUGGCGCAGUUCUACCAGAUCUAUCCGCGCUCCUACAAGGACUCCAAUGGCGACGGCAUCGGCGACCUGCAGGGCAUCAUCUCCAAGCUGGACUACCUGAAGGAGAUCGGGGUGACGGCCACUUGGCUGUCGCCCAUUUACAAGUCGCCCAUGGCGGACUUUGGCUACGACAUAUCCGACUUCUACGACAUCCAGGAGGAGUACGGCUCGCUGGCCGACUUCGAUGAGCUGAUCGUGGAGGCCAACAAGCGGAACAUCAAGAUCAUCCUGGACUUCGUGCCCAACCACUCGAGCGACGAGAACGUCUGGUUCCAGAAGUCGGUCAAGCGGGAGAAGGGCUACGAGGACUACUACAUGUGGCACGAUGGCUACAAGAACGCCUCCACUGGGGCGAGGGAACCGCCGAGCAACUGGCUCCAAGCCUUCCGCGGAAGUGCCUGGGAGUGGAACGAGGAGCGCCAGCAGUACUACCUCCACCAGUUCGCCGUCAAGCAGCCGGAUCUCAACUACCGCAAUCCCGCCGUGGUGGCGCAGAUGAAGCGGGUGCUGACCUACUGGCUGGACCGCGGGGUGGCUGGGUUCCGCAUGGACGCGGUGCCCUGGUGCUUUGAGGUUCUACCCGACGCCGAAGGUCGCUAUCCCGACGAGCCGCUCAGUGGCUACACGAACGAUACGGAUGACUCCUCCUACCUGAAGCACAUCUACACCCAGGACCUGCGCGAAACGGUGGAGAUGGUGUUCCAGUGGCGCACUCUGCUGGAUGACUACCAGCGCAUCCACGGCGGCGACACGCGGGUGAUCAUGGUGGAGACCUACUCGGGCCUGGACUAUGUGAUGCAGUUCUACGGCAACCGCACCACCAAGGGCGCCCAGAUGCCCUUCAACUUCCAGUUCAUCAUUGGCGGCAAUGGGGACAAGAACAACACUCAGCUGGGUGCGACGGGCUUUGUGAAGAUCAUCAACAGCUGGCUGACGCAGAUGCCCGCUGGACAAACUGCCAACUGGGUGAUGGGCAAUCAUGACCAGCGGCGGGUAGGAAGUCGCUACGGGGAGAACCGCAUCGAUCUGAUGAACAUGCUGCAAAUGUUCCUGCCCGGCGUGAGCAUUACCUACCAGGGUGAGGAGCUGGGGAUGACGGAUCUGGACAUCAGCUGGGAGGACAGCCGCGACCCGGCGGCCUGCAACUCCAACUCGCAGAUCUACGAGCAGUUCACCCGCGAUCCCGCCAGGACUCCCUUUCAGUGGAGCGACGAGGCCAACGCAGGUUUCUCGACCAACGCCACCACCUGGCUGCCCAUCAAUCCGAACUAUGUGACCGUGAAUGUGAAGGCGGAGAACGCGACGAGUCCCAGUCACCUGAGUUUGUACAAGCAGCUGGUGGAGCUGCGCAAACUAAAAACCUUGCAGCUGGGCGCCACUCGAUAUGCGAAUGUGGGCGACAAUGUGGUGGCCAUCAAGAGAUCUCUGAGUGGGGAAGCCACCUACGUGCUGGUCGCCAAUGUGCUAGGCACAGCGGUCUCCGAAGUGGACAUAGCUACUGCCAUAUAUGCCACUGGAAGCUUCAAGAUCAAGCUACUCAAUCCGCAGGCCAAGGCCACAGUUGGCGAUAGCGUUUCACUGAGCAGCUUGUCACUGGAGCCGUACGCAGCCCUGAUUUUGGAGUCCGUCUAGAGUUUACAUAAUCAUAAGUUUGAAAAGAACAAUACAUAUACACAAAGUACAUCGAUAA